GAAGGAAAAAAGAAAAGAAAAGAAAAGAAAAGAAAAGAAAAGAAAAGAAAAGAAAAGGAAAAAGAAAAAGAAAAGAAAAGAAAAGAAAAGAAAAGAAAAGAAAAGAAAAGAAAAGAAAAG